AUUUGUGGACGGUCCCAGUCUGCUCCCAGCUGCUAAAGGGAAUGCAAAGAUUAACCUGACCCAGUUUAUGGCAACACUGUGUGAUGGGUGCCUUGAUCACCUAGAAAGGAUGGUGUGAACAUGGGCUGUGGGACGCCAGGAGGCGUCCUUCACCUGGCCUGGGUUACAGGAUGACUCUGGGAAAGAUGAAUGUUGAAGGGUCUGUGCAAGUCGCCUCUAACUAUGGAAGGACACUGACUUUGGAAGGGCUGUAGAAGUCUUAGCAGCUGGACCUCCCCAGGAGUGCGAUGCUGCUGCUUCAUAGGGCUCCCCCCGCCCCAUUCCUGGCUUCUACAGGAUGGGGUUCACCGUGGAAGCACAGACUCAGAGUAAGUGGCAGGCAGUCCAGGUGGGACUACAGACACACCUGCACUGACCACUCACUGCUUUGCUCCUGGCUCAGGGAUGCCACACAGAAUGAGAGACAAGCCCUCUGCCCACCACCAUCUGUAAUGCAAGCCCUCUGCCCACCACCAUCUGUAAUGCAGUCGCAUCCUCACCACCUGCCCUUAAUUGUAUGAAGCAGGGACUACUGGCUGUCCUCAGCCCCUGGGGACAGGGGCUGGCCAGGGUGGUUUCAGCUAGAAACUCUGGAAAAGCUGAAAGAAGGCAAGUGGGGCAGGCAUAUAAUUGACGGCACCAGAGCAGGACCUGGCCUGGAUGCACCUGGGCCAGUGCAAGCAGAGGCAGGUACUUAAGGUGACCUAAAGUACCAGGAAGACCUAUUGGGAGAAGGUGAGCUUUGAGCUGAGACAGUAAAAGGAGUUAGCCAGGUGAGGAAUGGGUUUCCUUCCUAGGGAUCAGUACAUGUAGGGUGGCUUGACUGUUAGGGGGAAUGCUGUCCAGAAGGGUCAGAUCCUCAAGGGUUUGAAUACCACUAAAGCAGCGGUCCCCAACCUUUUUGGCACCAGGGACCGGUUCCGUGGAAGACAAUUUUUCCACGGACGGGGGGAUGGAAAGGUUCAGGCGGUAAUGCGAGCGAUGGGGAGCGGCAGAUGAAGCUUCGCUCGCUUGCCCACCGCUCACCUUCUGCUGUGCAGCCCGGCCCCUGCACUAAAGGAUUGCUUGCAGAGGCAAUUAGUAGCCAAGGAAGGGUAGUCGUGGGACUUGUUUUAGCGGGACCGUGUUGCCUAAAGGCUACACACCUCUCCUUUGACAAGUUUGGCAAACUCUUCUCCGGAGCCUGCAGGAAGCAACUCAACUAGUUGAGUGAUGGGCAAGUAACUCUGGCCUCAGUUUUCUCAUCUGUAAAGUGGGGAGGGCCCCAUCUGUCUCACCGGGUUGCUGUGAAAAGGAAGUGAGAGAACACGGGGUCGAGGGGCGCCUCCAGCCAGAAGAGAGCAACUUGUGGUCGCGCCUUUUUCUGCGCAACCCCCAUACAACUUAAAAAUCCCUACAAAAAGGACAGACCCAAAAAGAAAAAGAGCCCCAAAGUCAGUGGGUCGGGCCUCGGAGGGAUCGCAAGCGGCCUGAGUCUGACCCGCCGAAGUACGUGAGCCGUGGCGCUCGCAGGCAGGGGCAAACACCUUGGAGACCUCCAAGAGGCCCACCUCCAGGAUCCCGUAGCGCCAUGUUGCACGAUCCUCCGAGUUCCCACCUUACCCCGUGCACCUCAAGACCGUUCUACCUGUGCUUCUCGCUGGUGGACCGGCCUCCCUUUCCGGCUUCGUCCGCAGCCUCGGCCAAUCAGGUUGAAGCUGAUGAAUCGGGACUUGGCCAAACCACUCCCUCAUUGGAUACCGCUCGUGGGGGCGGGACGGGGGGGCGGAGCGCGCAUCAAAGCGGAAGUGGGUCGUCGCGCUGUUGAUCACGUAAUGCCGCGGCGCCUGAGGCGAUUCAGCUGGUUGGUGCGUAAGCUGCGAGCGACACCUGGUGCGGCCCGCUCGGUUCCCACUGCGCCCGCGACCCCGGCUUCGACGCCAGCUGCGGUCCGGCCGCCGCCUAAACAUGGACUCCGCCGGCCAAGAUAUCAACCUGAGUUCUCCUAACAAAGGUCUGCUCUCCGACUCCAUGACGGACGUCCCUGUCGACACAGCAGUGGCCACCCAGGCUCCUGCUGUUGAGGGUCUGACAGAUGCUGAGGCGGAGGAGCUCAGGGCUGAGCUUGCAAAGGUGGAGGAGGAGGUUGUCACUCUGCGCCAGGUGCUGGCAGCCAAGGAGAGGCACUGUGGAGAGCUGAAGAGGAGGCUGGGCCUUUCUGCCUUGGAGGGCCUGAAGCAGAACCUGUCCAGGGGUUGGCAUGAUGUGCAGGUCUCUAACGCCUACGUGAAAACUUCUGAGAAGCUUGGAGAGUGGAAUGAGAAAGUGACCCAGUCGGACCUCUACAAGAAGACCCAGGAAACCCUCUCUCAGGCAGGACAGAAGACCUCAGCAGCCCUGUCCACCAUGGGCUCUGCCAUCAGCCGGAAGCUUGGGGACAUGAGGGCUCGGCCCUUCUCACACUCCUUUAGGGCGGUCCUGCCCCUCCAAGUGGAGCUGCUCUCCUUCUCCCCGCAAGCAAGCGCUCUUUCUGCCGCGGGCGCUUGGGACCGGCUCAGACAGCCUCCCGAGUGUCCUUUACCUUGUGCUGAUCAAGCCGCUCCUCUGCCUUGGAGCAGCCACUCCAUCCGCCACUCCAUAAGUAUGCCGGCCAUGAGGAAUUCCGCCACCUUCAAGUCAUUUGAGGACCGAGUUGGGACCAUAAAGACUAAGGUUGUCAGUGGCAGAGAGAAUGGCAGUGACAACCUUCCCUCCCCGACCGGGAGUGGAGACAGACCCCUGCCCGAUCACACGCCCUUCUAAGCCCGUAGCGGCUUUGCCCGGCCACGGCACAAGCACACCCUCAUCGCCACAACUGCAACCUCAAGCGGCGGGUGUUGAGGACAAUCACGCCAUCCCCGUGGAGACGUGGCUGCCGCGCUCGCAUGGGUCAGAGAACAUGUCCUGUACACA